AUGUCUGAGGACAUGCAGCAGGACGCAGUGGAGUGUGCCACCCAGGCCCUGGAGAAGUACAACAUCGAGAAGGACAUCGCUGCUUUCAUCAAGAAGGAGUUCGACAAAAAAUACAACCCAACAUGGCACUGCAUUGUUGGGAGGAACUUCGGCAGCUACGUAACCCACGAGACCAAGCAUUUUAUUUACUUCUACUUGGGUCAGGUGGCCAUCCUGCUGUUCAAGUCCGGCUGA